ACACCCUCACUCAUGCCGAGUGCAGAUUGCUUGGAGGGUGGAACCUCGUCGGCAGGUCUCAGACACGCUUUCUUGUGUGUGUAUAUGGAGCUGAAACUUUAGACUGCUCACACUCUUUUCUCCCUCAUUCUGUCCUCCGUCCUGCUCUCCUCUCGUUCCUCUCCCCUCCUCCAGCACACCUUUGUGUUGUUUUUCUUACCCUCAUUCUUUCCCCUUCCCUUCCUCUGCCUCACUAGAUUUUUAUUCUACUCUGUCCUAUAUGGUCACAUUUCGGGUUACUGCGAACUCUGAAAGUGUAGGGGACAAGAUGCUGCUGAUGCUAAAGCUGUUUGGGCUCCACAUCUCCUUCAGGGCCAACUGAAGAAAACAAGACUCCACGUGUGACCGGGAACAGCUCUAUACCCCGAGGAAACUUAAAGUACUGCCUUUUAACCUGUUUUCAUCACCAGGCCCCUUACAUUUCGAGACUGGAAGUAAUCAAGCUUCUCAAGGCAGAAAGAAAUAAAAAGAAAAAACAAUGAAGACCAAGCUGUCCAAACUUACUGCUUAUUUCUUUCUCUUGGGGGUGUUGCUCUCUGUGGUGGACUGUAAAGGAACUUUAUAUGGAGGCCAUCUCAACCCUUUUUAUGGAAACAGAUACAAUCUCUACAAGGCUGGACUCAACCCUCACUACCCACCAAACAAGCCUAUGACCCGUCACAAAAACCACUGUGCCUAUAUGGUCCAAAAGAACGUCACGUGUGUGAUGCAGGACGGAGUAGAGACCUAUGUGAAAGCCGAGUACACUGUCAAGUGCAUCUGGGGUCAGAAGUGUCCUGUCGUCAUGUAUAGGACAUUCUUCAAGCCCAAGUACAAGGUGGGUUAUAAAACAGUGACUGAACUUGAAUGGAGAUGUUGUCCUGGCCUCUCUGGAGAAUCGUGCCAUGAUGGAUCCACAUCCCUGCCUGACAUCCCUGGUGUGGGCUUACCUCAUCGGCCGGGUGUGAAAGGCAUCCCAUAUGGUCCAAGACCCCCUGUGGACCAGAGGCCUGGAGGCGGCCAGCUGGAGCCUGGUAAACCUUUCCCAGGCAUACCCACAGGACAGCUGCCCACAGGAAGUGCAAAGCCCAACUAUGGUAGCAAAUUUGGCAUCACUGGUGUGACUGGUGAACGUCUGGACCGUAUGGAGGAGGACCUGCGUCGCCUCACCCAGGGUCUGGACAGCCUCAAUGGGGUCGUGGCUGGCCUCGAGGAUCGCCUACGCACUACUCUCCGGGAAGACACCAAUAAAAUCCUCGUAUCGCUUCUGCCCGGCACUUCCCGUGUGCAUGACUCUACAGUGGGAUUUGGGGUAAUCCCAGAUGGCACCCCUGAUGGACUGGAGGGAGAAGAGACCUUCACCGGAUUUGGAGACCUCGCAGGGAGGGUGACAGAAGUGAGGGAUGAGCUACGAGCCAAGACUCAUAUAUUAGAGGAGAUUCAGGGGAUGGUUCUUGGCCAUGAUGGCCAGCUGAAGAGGAUACUGGAGGGAGCUACGGGUAGACCUAUUCCUGGCCCUGGCUCCUCUUAUCUGGAUGAGAUCUUAGAUGUCAAACUUGCGGGAAUAAGGGCUGAGAUCCUGGACGGUUUCGAACGUCGUCUGAGUGGCCUCGAGAGCCACUGUGAUGAGAAGAUGGGGCAGGUGCAGAGGCAGUGCCACAGAGAGCACAUGGAUGGCCAGGAGCAGAUGCAGCAGUCUCUGGAUGGCAGAGAAACUGGGCUCAGGGAAGAGUUGGGUUCCUUGCAAGCUCAGAUUCAAGGUCUGACUCUGACCGAAAGCUGCUGUGGACAGGUGAACAGCUUGUCUCAGCGCAUGCUGCUGCUGGAGGAGUCGGUAAAAGGUCUGACGGAAUCUCAGAGACAGCUCCAGACAGCGGUCUCAGAACAAAGCAUCCAUAUAGAAACCCUCAUCGAGACACGCCUGGUCGACAUGGAGGGCAGGCUCAAUGCUACCGCUGGGGGACCUGAUGGAGUUUUCCCUGGUGGUCUGGACGGCUUCAAGACGACUUUGGAAGACAAGCUAAAGACCCUAGAGGAGAAGGUGUUUGUGGCCGUAGAGGAACUGAGUAAUGCCACUGCCCCAGCUCUCCUGGAGGGUCAGGUGGUCCCUGCAUUGGAGACAGAGAUUGAGUCCGUCAGGAGGAGGGUGGAAGGAGACUUGAGUGGAAUUCAGAAACAGUUGCUGGACCUUGAGCUCCUCUGUACGUCUUCUUGUGCAGCCUCGACCCCACCAGCAGGGGGUGUCAGUGAUGGGGAAGUAGAGAAGGAGUGUGAGGGGAUGGAGAAAAAAUUAACAAACCGUUUGGACUCCCAUUCUAACCAGCUGGACCACCUUAACAACACACUGAAAAACUUGCUCCUUCGGAUUGCACAGGAAGAAACAGAGGGAUCUGUCCAGGGAGAGAUUACACUCCUUAAGGUCAACAUCAACUCAGUAAACCGCACCCUGAAAGGCCUGAAAGACUCUAUAAGUUUCAUCACAACUGAAGUUGGCCACGCUAAUUCAUCAUGGGGGCAGAAGGAGCAUCAGCUGGUUAACCAGGUGCAAGGAAUCACCAGACUCAUGGGUCACCAGGCUUCCCUUCUUGGAGCCAGCGAGAGGCGGCUGGCCCAGCUGAAGGGGGAGCUGGCGGCUCUGAAGAGACAGUUGGUCGGGGGGCUGCAGGGGUGCCGCAGCACAGCAAUGGAGGUUCAGAAGGAGGUGAAGGUUGUUGGCAGCAGGGUGAGCCAGGUAGAGGGCCAGUGCAGCACCCUGGGGGAGCUGGCAGAGCACCUGGAGAGGAUCAGGGCAGAGCUGGAGAGACAUUCUGACACCUACCUGGCUCAGGCGAAUGGCACUCUGGCCGUUCAUUCAGAACAGCUAUCUGAGCUGAAUGGGGAAGUCAAAGGUUCCGUGAGCAAGGGAGCUGACAACCACAAAGGAGACCAGUAGCUUUUGCGCUACAGAUUUUGAAAACAGACUUACUGUAUGUGUAAUUCUAAUUAAGCUCAAGUGUCCACCUUUGCCUCUCUCUCUUUUAAAAAAAAAUGUGGCCAACACAGAUGCAAAUAAACUCAAAUAGUGAAAGUCAUCUCUUAUAAGGCUCUUGGCCCAAUGCCUCCAGAUGUGCUGGUUUUUACUUAUCCUAGUGGUGUGAAGAAAGGCAGAAUAUAAAGACAUGCCUAUGGUUGUAUACCCCAUAAUUCACCUUGUUCUAUACAUUUCUUUCCCCCUUGAUUAUGUUUGUAAGUCAUUUUACUUUUUAACUUAUAUGAAGUGACUGCAUUGUAAUGAUGUUAAAUUGUUUGUAUUGGAGAAACGAAAACGAAACAAAAUGCUGCUACGAGUUUCUUCUGACAAGAAUACUCGACAUCCUCUUUGUGGUUACUAGUUUGGUCUUUUUAACAAAUACUGUAUGUCAACUUGGUGCUAUUUACAUUUUUGUAAACUUUUGUUUGAUGAUUUUAAGAAUGACAUAUAAUUAUGCUCUUCUGUACUUGCUGUCGCAUUUCUCCAGCUUUCAUGAUGAUUCACUAUUGGGAGACAAUAAGAGUUCAUUACAAGGCACGGUAGAUGAGAAAGAGAAAUAAAAUCUGAAUGGUCAGACUGGUACUCAGAAUGGAAAUGUUUGUGCUUUUUUUUUAAAAUCCAUGUGCACGUCCCACAUUUGGAAAGAGAACUCUUUCAGUUGAAAUCAAUGCAGUCACCAUGUAUACUGAGUUAAACAUAAGCUUAUUUUAGAGUUAUUAUUGUUGUUUGAAUGAGUCAUUUUUUGUUUAUUUAUGAAUACACUGAUUUCAAGUAUUUUCUUAAUGUAUUGUCAAACAAUAAAAGAAAGGAGGAAAUAGACUUAAGCAGUCAAAGGGUUUAAAGAUUAUAACCUUGACUAUCAAUGAAUGUAAAUAUCUAGAAUUAACUUAAAACAUACAAAGAAAUAAACCUGCAACAAGAGAGAUGCAGUAUUAAACCAAAAAUUCUUAUGAAGGAUCUCAACUGCAGAUGCCGACAGCCCAGCUUGAAAAAUGAAAGCUCAGCUACAAUAAUCCUCAGACAGGUGUAGGAGAGAAACCAGUAAGGUCUAAGUAUUACUCAUCAAAGUUUUGCCAACCUUUGGCCUUUAUCACUACAUUUCCCCCAAACCGUAUUUGGAGAGGAAAAUGCUGUGUUCAUACAACAAAAAGGUCUUGAAAUUUCCCUUCUCUCAACCCAAAUUCAAGUAACUCAUUUUCUUUUGUUUUUCCCACGGUCUACAACAGGACAUAUGCCCUGAUGUCUAGAAGAAAACCUGAUUUUCUCAUGCUACAGAUUGUGUCAUUUCCUCUUCUGUCUGAAACAUAUUGUUUUACCUUGAGUCUCUGUAUGGCAGCUUUGCUUGGUGAUGUAUUCUAGUUUUAAAAACUUUGGGUUUCACUUUACCAGAAAUCUUCAUAACUGCAUGACAGUUUGUGGUUUAGCAUGAUAGGUGAUCUCCCCUCCCCCAGGCCCUCUGUCUGCACCAGCAAAACGACUUCCAACCAAUCUUGAAACCUAAUUGACAGAAACACAGAAAUGAAACAGCUCGCUUGACCCCAGGCAACCUCUAUAGGGCUAAGAAAGGUUUUUAAAAUGAACAUUAUAAGCAUUAGUGUAGUUGAUUGUAAAUAGCGUAAUUUACCUUUUUUUCACUCCUCUCCAAGAACAUAAAUUUGAACAAAGAAAGGAAGGAUGGACAAGAGGAGGACAGACGAGACAGGAUAUCAGGACUACAAAGAAAACGCCAUCCUUGCUGCAAAGUCUUCAUUUUUGAAUAACCAUCACUUGAAGAUGACGUGGAAUACAGCUGCAUCAUAUAACUGUUUCUUUGUAGUCUGCUAGUGUAUUCUGUUCUAUUGUUUUAGCCAGAAGAGUAUUAAAGUUGUUUGUAAAAAA